AUGGCCGACCAAGAAUCGGACAUGGAAUAUUCGUCCGACAACGAUUAUGAAUUCGAGGACUAUUACAACUCAGGUGAGGAUUGUGACAUCGAGCAGAUCGAUCCGAAGCGUACCGAUCCGGAAUAUUUCGUGUACGAGUGUCUGAACGUGGAAGAGGUGGAAAAGCUGUUGAACGAGUCGGUGGAAAAGCUUAGUACGCAGCUGCAAAUUACGCCAUCGUUGGCCAAGGUGCUGCUGCACGAAACCCGCUGGAACACGGCCGAAGUGAUCGAGCGGUACCGCAACAACGCCUCCAAUCUGCUGGUCAGUGCUCGGAUCAAAGCGGCUGCACCGUCGGUGCCCCCGCCCGCACAACUACCCGUCCCGUCCACAUCCACUGCCGUGGUGGUGGUCGCUUCAGCGCACCAAACCAUCGGUUCCACCAGCACCACUACGACGGCGACGGUGACCGCUUGCUGCUAUCGGACGCAACUGUGUCCGGUCUGCGUUACGGUGCAAUCGACCGACAAAUUUCACGCCCUCUCCUGUCAGCACUCGUUCUGUCGCGACUGUUGGGCGAUGCACUUCGAGAUCCAGAUCGGGCAGGGCAUUUCCACGCAGAUCGAAUGUAUGGAGCAGCGCUGUGAUGUGCGCGUGCCGGAAGAUCUCGUGCUGACGUUGCUGAAUCGACCGAUGUUGCGCGAUAAGUAUCAACAGUUUACGUUUGCCGACUACGUCAAAUCGCAUCCGGAACUACGCUUCUGUCCCGGUCCAAACUGCCAGACGAUCAUUCGUAGCCAGGACAUUAGCCCGAAGAAGGCCGUCUGCCGGAUGUGUAAGAGCGCGUUCUGUUUCCGGUGCGGUACCGAUUAUCACGCACCGACCGACUGCCAGAUCAUACGCAAAUGGCUGACCAAGUGUGCGGACGACAGUGAGACGGCCAACUAUAUCAGUGCCCAUACGAAGGACUGCCCAAAGUGUCACAUCUGCAUCGAGAAGAACGGUGGCUGCAACCAUAUGCAGUGCUUUAACUGUAAGCACGAUUUCUGCUGGAUGUGUCUCGGUGACUGGAAGGCACAUGGGUCGGAGUAUUACGAGUGUUCGCGGUACAAAGAAAAUCCUAACAUCGCCCACGAGUCGGUACACGCGCAGGCUCGGGAAGCACUCAAGAAGUACCUUCACUACUACGAACGUUGGGAGAAUCAUUCGAAAUCGCUACAGCUCGAGCAGCAGACGCUCGAUCGGAUGCGGACGCGUAUCAAUGAGAAGGUGAUGAAGGGGCUCGGUACGUGGAUCGAUUGGCAGCAUCUGUUCGAUGCGGCCACCCUGCUAGCCAAAUGUCGCUACACGCUACAGUACACAUACCCGUACGCGUACUACAUGGAAUCGAGGAAGGAGCUGUUUGAAUACCAGCAGGCUCAGCUCGAAGCGGAAAUAGAGAAUCUUUCCUGGAAGGUAGAACGAGCGGAAACGACCGACCGUGGUGAGCUGGAAAACCAAAUGGACAUAGCGGAAAAGCGACGAACGACACUGCUGAAGGAUUUCUUUCCAACGGAGGCGUAA